AUGAUUGCCAUCUCUAAAGCGUUACUCAGUCAAGAACAACCUGACCUUAAAACUAACUGUAAUAUAACCUGGUCAAAAAUAACUUUAACUGGUAUAAAAAACAUUUAUGUUGGAGCAUACUAUAAACCACAUGAACUUGACGAACUAUCAUUGUCUGAACUGUGGUCAUCCUUAAGUAAAAUCCCGAAGGAUAGCAUAAUAUGGCUCCUCGGAGACUUCAACAUGCCUGAUAUCAACUGGGUCAAUGAAACACUCAAACCAAACUGUAAAAAUAGAAGUCUCUAUGAAGAUUUUAUGGAAAAACUGUCCCACCUAAAUUUGGAACAGAUGGUAAAAGUCCCAACCAGGUUGUCCAAUACCCUUGACCUCUUCCUUACCUCCCACCCAUCCCACGUCCACCUCGCCAAGACACUUCCCAGCCUUGCAACCUCUGACCAUGAUAUAGUAUUUCAUGAGGUCAAAAUAAACAGAGGGCGGCCCAUCCAGCCAAAGAGACUAAUAAAACAAUAUCGGAAAACUAACUGGGAGGCGAUCAGAUCUGACAUGCGCUCAUUUAGUAAUAGUUUUAUUAGUAAGGCCCAUACAAACCCUGAUGAGGCUUGGAACUCAUUUAAGGACAGCUUAAAUGAAUCUUGUAUCAAGCAUAUCCCUACUAAAAUAUCCAAAUCCCGUGCCGACUUGCCUUGGUUAACUCCCAGAAUUAUCAGGCUUAUCCACAAGCGUGAUAAACUCUAUCACAAACUCAACAAAUCCCCAAAUCAAGCUAAGAACCAGAAACUGAAGUCCCUAAAAUCCUAUAUACAAAGGCAAAUAAGAGCCUCAUACUGGUCAUACAUGGAAAACGUCAUCUUUAGCCAUGAUUCCCAACCUGGUAGAAAUAAGAAAUUCUGUAGCUACAUCAAACAUAACAAAAAAGAAAAUGUCGGCAUAGCCCCUCUCAAAUCAGAUGGUUUCACCCACACUGAUCCAGUCACUAAGGCAAACAUCCUUAAUAAGCAAUUUGAAUCAGUUUUCUCCCCACCUAAGCCCCUAAGCCUUAAACAUUUGUGCUCCAAACUGUUAACAUCCCCUUCCUCCCUAAUGGACCAAAUAAAUGUAACUCCAGAGGGUGUUGACAAACUCCUUCUUGGCCUAUCCCCACAUAAAGCGUCAGGGCCAGACGAAUUAUCCCCCGUGUUCUCAAGGAACUUCAUCAAAAAAUCGCCCCCGUCCUUUGCCACAUCUUCAAUUUAUCCCUAA